AUGCGCAAAUUGGACAGAGGAAAAGUCAAGCUGAAAAAUUAUCCAUCCAAACAAUUAUUAAGGUUAUGGAACAGCCACCGAACACAAUACAAAAUAUUAAUAUUACUCGUUAUUAUAUCUAUUGGAGUACAUUUAAUUGUCGGAAGUGAGGAGGAUAAACAGUUAUUGGAUCAAUUGGAAAAAGCUGUUUUUGAUUUGUGCAGAACUGCAGAAGAUUUUUACUCUAAAUUCUCUUCCUUUGAUCAACGUGAAUGUGUCUAUUUUGAUACAUGUGACCCACAACUUGAAAGGAGAAUACCUUUUUUUGAUUGUGUUCAAGGAUUUGGAACAGGUGGAGAAUGUCGAUGUCAAGGAGAGAAGCUUUCUCUCAAAUAUCCAGUGGUAUGUUAA